UCUCUCUCUUCCUCUCCCAAACACCACCACAUUCUCAAAUCUCUUCUCUGUAUUUUUUUUUUUUGCUUCAGAAUCUUUUUUUUUUCUCCGAUCUCUCAAAAAAAUAUCCUCAAAACUAGAAAAAAGCAAAGUGAGUUAGAGAUAAAUCAAUCUCAUAGGAAGAUUCCUUGCAGGAAGGAGCGUCUACACGGAUUUUAGCGUUAUAAAAACUCAGCUUCUUUCGAUUUACCUACUGUACAGUGUGUUGGGUAGUAUAUAUAUAUAAAGGUGUGUUUGUAUAGUGAUGAUUGUUCUUGCUGGCGAAUGUUAAAAACUACGACGUAUUUGGAAGAUCAAGAGUAGUAGUAGUAGUAGUGCGUUAUUGUUGCCUCUUUUAAGGGAGUUUGAGAUUUGUGUUAUUUGAAAUUCGUCUUCUGUGAUGGCGGCGGCUACUUCAUCUGAGAGGUGGAUCGAUGGUCUUCAGUUCUCUUCCGUGUUAUGGCCUCCCCCACGGGAUCCUCAACAACAUAAGGAUCAAGUCGUUGCUUAUGUCGAAUAUUUUGGUCAAUUCACAUCAGAGCAAUUCCCUGAUGACAUUGCUGAGUUGGUCCGGCAUCAGUAUCCAUCAGAUGAGAAGCGACUCUUGGACGAUGUUUUGGCAAUGUUUGUCCUGCAUCACCCGGAGCAUGGUCAUGCAGUCAUUCUUCCAAUCAUUUCAUGUCUCAUUGAUGGCUCCUUGGUGUACAGCAAGGAAGCUCAUCCCUUUGCAUCUUUCAUUUCUUUAGUUUGCCCAAGUAGUGAGAAUGACUAUUCGGAGCAAUGGGCUUUGGCAUGCGGAGAAAUCCUUCGCAUUUUGACUCAUUACAAUCGUCCCAUAUUUAAGACUGAGCAGCAAAAUGGAGAAAUAGAGAGAAAUUGUCUGAACAAAGCUACAACUAGUGGUUCUCCACCUUCAGAGACUAAGGCUGUAUCACCGACACACCAUGAAAGGAAACCUUUAAGGCCUUUGUCUCCAUGGAUUUGUGAUAUACUACUUGCUGCUCCUCUCGGUAUAAGAAGUGAUUACUUCCGAUGGUGUAGUGGUGUAAUGGGUAAAUAUGCUGCUGGAGAGCUGAAGCCGCCAACCAUUGCUUCUCGAGGAUCUGGUAAACAUCCUCAACUGAUGCCUUCGACGCCAAGAUGGGCUGUUGCUAAUGGAGCUGGUGUCAUACUGAGUGUUUGUGAUGAUGAAGUUGCUCGAUAUGAGACUGCUACGCUUACAGCGGUUGCUGUCCCUGCACUUCUUCUUCCUCCCCCAACUACAUCCUUAGAUGAGCAUCUAGUUGCUGGCCUUCCAGCUCUCGAGCCAUAUGCACGUUUGUUUCAUAGAUAUUAUGCCCUUGCAACUCCAAGUGCUACUCAGCGACUUCUUCUUGGACUCUUAGAAGCACCACCGUCUUGGGCUCCAGAUGCACUUGAUGCUGCUGUACAGCUUGUGGAACUCCUUCGAGCUGCUGAAGAUUAUGCAUCUGGUGUAAGGCUACCCAGGAACUGGAUGCAUUUGCAUUUCUUGCGUGCAAUAGGAAUUGCUAUGUCUAUGAGGGCAGGUGUUGCUGCUGAUGCUGCAGCCGCUUUGCUUUUCCGCAUACUCUCUCGGCCGGCACUGCUUUUUCCUCCGCUAAGUCAAGUUGAGGGAGUAGAAAUUCAGCACGCGCCUAUUGGUGGCUACAGUUCAAAUUACAGAAAGCAGAUAGAAGUUCCUGCAGCAGAAGCAACCAUUGAAGCCACUGCCCAAGGAAUUGCCUCUAUGCUUUGUGCUCAUGGUCCUGAAGUUGAGUGGAGGAUUUGCACAAUAUGGGAAGCUGCUUACGGAUUGAUCCCUUUAAAUUCGUCAGCGGUUGAUCUUCCCGAAAUCAUAGUUGCUUCCCCUCUGCAACCUCCGAUCUUGUCAUGGAAUCUAUACAUUCCACUACUCAAAGUACUUGAAUAUCUUCCACGAGGGAGUCCUUCGGAAGCAUGCUUGAUGAAAAUAUUUGUUGCCACCGUGGAAACAAUCCUCAGUAGAACUUUUCAUGCUCUCUUUUUAGAAGCAUGCGCUGGUGUGGAAUUAGCAUCACGCCUACUUUUUGUUGUGUUGACUGUAUGUGUUAGCCAUGAAGCACAGUCUAGUGGUAGCAAGAGACCGAGAAGCGAAUAUGCUAGCACUACCGAAAAUAUGGAGGCAAAUCAACCUGUAUCUAACAGUCAAACUAACCGUAAAAGUAGGAAUGGCAAAGGACAGGGACCUGUGGCAGCAUUUGAUUCAUACGUUCUUGCUGCUGUUUGUGCUCUUGCCUGUGAGGUUCAGCUGUAUCCUCUGAUCUCUGGAGGGGGAAACUUUUCCAGUUCUACCAUGGCUGGAACUAUUACAAAGCCUGUAAAGUUAAAUGGGUCAUCUAAUGAGUAUGGAGCUGGGAUUGACUCGGCAAUUAAUCAUACACGCCGAAUUUUGGCAAUUCUAGAGGCACUCUUUUCAUUGAAACCGUCUUCUGUGGGGACUCCAUGGAGUUACAGUUCUAGUGAGAUAGUUGCUGCGGCCAUGGUUGCAGCUCAUAUUUCCGAACUGUUCAGACGUUCAAAGGCUUUGACGCAUGCGUUGUCUGGGUUGAUGAGAUGUAAGUGGGACAAGGAAAUUCAUAAACGAGCGUCAUCAUUAUAUAACCUCAUUGAUGUUCACAGCAAAGUUGUUGCAUCCAUUGUUGACCAAGCUGAACCUUUAGAAGCCUACCUUAAGAAUUCACCGGUUCAGAAGGACUCUCUUACCGGUUUAAACUGGAAACAACAAAACACAUGUGCAAACACCUCUUGCUUUGAUACAGCGGUGACGUCCGCCUCACGGACUGAAAUGAAUCCAAGAGGCAACCAUAAGUUUGCUAGACAUUCAGAUGAAGGAUCAGGAAGACCCUCGCAGAAGGGUAUCGAAGAAUUCCUCUUGGAUGCUUCUGAUCUAGCAAAUUUCCUCACAGCUGAUAGACUUGCAGGGUUCUAUUGUGGUACACAAAAGCUUUUGAGGUCAGUGCUUGCAGAGAAACCGGAGCUGUCUUUCUCCGUUGUUUCAUUGUUAUGGCACAAACUGAUUGCUUCUCCUGAAAUCCAGCCCACCGCCGAAAGCACCUCUGCGCAACAAGGAUGGAGACAGGUUGUUGAUGCGCUAUGCAAUGUCGUAUCUGCAACGCCAGCAAAAGCAGCUGCAGCAGUUGUUCUUCAGGCUGAGAGAGAGUUGCAGCCUUGGAUCGCCAAAUAUGACGAAGAAGGCCAGAAAAUGUGGAAAAUCAACCAACGGAUAGUCAAAGUGUUGGUGGAACUCAUGCGCAAUCAUGACAGGCCUGAGUCACUGGUGAUUCUAGCAAGUGCAUCAGAUCUUCUUUUGCGGGCGACUGAUGGAAUGCUUGUUGAUGGAGAAGCUUGUACAUUACCCCAACUCGAGCUACUUGAAGCCACUGCAAGAGCAAUACAGCCGGUGCUAGCUUGGGGACCAUCUGGACUAGCAGUUGUGGACGGUUUAUCCAAUCUUUUGAAGUGUCGUCUACCAGCAACAAUACGGUGCCUUUCACACCCAAGUGCACAUGUACGUGCCUUAAGCACGUCAGUACUACGAGACAUCAUGAACCAAAGCUCUAUACCUAUUAAGGUAACUCCAAAACUGCCAACAACAGAGAAGAACGGAAUGCAUAGCCCGUCCUAUCGGUUCUUCAACGCCGCCACAAUAGACUGGAAAGCCGAUAUCCAAAAAUGCUUGAACUGGGAAGCUCACAGUUUGCUCUCCACAACUAUGCCUACUCAGUUUCUUGACACCGCGGCUCGAGAACUAGGCUGUACCAUAUCCUUGUCCCAAUAACGAGCGUCCCACUUUUGUUUUUUGGUAAAUUUUAGUGCUCCUAGACAAAAAAAAAUAUAUUUGGACGUAGUAGACCCAGAAGAAUAUAAAUAGCUUGUUGUAUGUAAUAUGUAUGAUGAGUGACUAACGCAAUCACUCCCACAGGCGUUAGAUUUGCCAUCGCUCGGGGUUCUUAUAUAACUCGACCUCUUCUUUGUACAUUUUAAAUGAUGAAGUAGCUCAACCUUUUUUUUUCCUUAA